AUGAUGUCCCUGAUUCAACAUCAUCAUCCUAAUUCCUGUGUCCUGCUAUCUCAUGCAAUGGGGAAUUUUUUAUGGUUUGGAAAGCCCAGUUCUGAGUAUGCGGGGGAGGAGCAUGAGUAUAAAACAGCCACAUGUGGCUCAAGGGGCUCAGUGCAGCACUCAGCUCGUAUCCAGCAUGAAGCUUCCGUCAGCCUGUCAGCUUGCCUUCCUAAGCCUCUGCUGUGUACUGAUCACAGUGAAAGAGUCAGACAGCACCUAUGUCCCGGGAAGAUGUUUGUGUCCACAGACACAAUCAGGUGUCAGAGGGAAACUGAAAGAACUCACAGUUUAUCAGAAAAGCCCCAACUGCGCCACAGUCACAGUAAUAGUGAUCCUGAAGAGUAACAAUAAGGCAGUGUGCCUGAAUCCAGAGUCACCAAUGGGCAAACAGCUGAUUCGCUGCUGGAACAGGAGUCAUAUCCUUGGUCGUGAUGUGAAGCUGUGCCUGAAGAGAAGGAGGGGGAGAGGAGGUCAGCGCCAGCAUUCCGGACAGAGGAACAGGACCCAGAGCAGGAAAGCCCCAUCCUUAAACCCCCGAUAGUCAAUCAGCCUGACAAGUUGUCCAAAGUUUCUGAACAGAACACCGCGUCUACAUGCUGUUUCUUGUAACACUGUUGACUCAUGGUCACAAGGCUGUUAAAAAACCAUGGCAAGGACACACUUUUUUAGAAAAGUCACGCAGCUAAGACACCGAGCUCCCUUAAACUUUUGUCCAAGCUGUAAAUCAAACUCUCAGCCAGCCACAUUCUGCGGAAUGGUGUAAAUGUAAAAACUGAGCCCUGGAGGCUUGUCAUAAAUGUUAAUAGUUUUAGCUUCAAAAUGCUGUUAAAAAUCUCAUUAUGUUAUUCAUGUGCAGUUCUGUGUAUGCAGCUGGAGAAAACUAACAGAGAAGGCUUGUUGGUUAUUUAUUUUUAUAUGAAUAAUGUUUUUUUUAUUGUGUUUUUUUAAAUAAAUAUAUCAGAAUAACA